AUGGCCGAGGCCACCGCAGCGGCGUCGAUCCUGAGCGCCAACCAGUUCAAGCUGCUGUACCUCAUCAGCCUCUACGCCGUGGCGUCCAACUCGACCCGACAGAACGAGCGCUGGAUCCGACACGUCCCGCUGCUGGUGCUCAUGUUCGAGGGCAUCCUGUGCGACGCCUUCGACUUUGACUACGCGCCGGCGUCCAUGCGCUUGUCCUUCAAGGGCAAGACGCUGCGACGCUGGAUCAACUUCUCUCGGGAGGGCAAGGCAGCGAUCGACGAUCUCUGGGCCCUGCGGCUCAUCAACGGACUCAAACUCUCAAGCGACGACUUCCAGCCCAUUACAGCGUACCAGGUCUCCAUUAAGGGUCAAUUGGCGUUGCGGCUGCUGCCUCGGUACUUCCAGGAGACCGUGGACGCCUUCCUGUAUCCACCGGCGCCGCUGGAACGGCGGCUGCUUGUUGUACGGUAUGAUGGUCAGCAUUUUGUCCUGCGGUCAGGGGGCUACAGCAAGCCCAGCAGUAUCACGGAGAGCGAUGAUGUGUCGUAUGUAUCGAGUCCGUUCCUGCCGCGAUGUCUGCGCUCGCGAUCCGGCGGGUAUUACAAAGUCCAGGAGCGCAGCAACGCCGAUAGAGCCCAAGAGUGCGCGUUAGGGGCGACUAGCAUCACCAAGAAGACGUCGGAGGCCGUCACGUUGGGAGACGUGUACGCGCUCAUCGGCGAGUGGGUGCCCUUCGGCACCAACCAGAUCGUGGCGUUAAACGAGCGCAUGGGCGUGCUCGACCGAUGUCAGGGUGGAAUCCUCACCAGUUGUGUAGAUAGCAACCCCACCGACGCGCAGUUCCGAGUGCCCGUGGGUCAAACUCAAGUGCGAGUGCUGGACUACGACUUCGUGCGCUUCACGAACUUUGAGGCUGAAAGUCACUUCCCAGAGACGCCCGGGAUCGUACAGGUCGAGAACUUCGGGAUGCACCUCAACAGCGACGGCUCGCUCAUCUACGGCAUCAAAGUGGAGGCGGUCAUGGACCGGUUGGGCGACGACGUGGCUAUCGACCACCUGUCUCGACUGCUGGUAGACGUACACCAGGACUCCUCCAUGCUCGUCAACGACCUGCUUUCAAGGUACCAACUCAGUCUGCUGGAGAUGCUCUAUCUGGGGGACUCCUUCCAGCGGAACAAGUACAAUUGCAUCCUCAGCAAGCAGAUUCAUCCGAAACUUCCAGCUCAAGCGUAUGUAAGUGACCCAAGGUAUGCCAACGAGCUGGCUCAAGUGCUCGGGGAUAUCCAUACAAGCCACGAUUUAACCCCUGACGAUGUCCUGGUAGUGGGGAAGGCUGGGUGCCUAUUCUCCGGGCCCAAUGUGUUCCGAUACGAGCAUGUUUUCACGGCGUAUGUGGGUUUGGUAUGUCGAGACAUCUUCAUCAAGAACUUCUUCGCGCGAACUUUCGUGCUGGAUGCGACGCUGAAGGAAAUCCGCCAGCUAAUCCACAAGGUACAUCGAGAACCCGCGACGGUCCUCCAAGUGCGUGAGAAACUCUCUGCAGUAUCGAAAGACACGAUUCUGCUGGCCGAGACGCUCGAGUAUCUCUUAGACUCGCUGGAAAACGUCGAGCUCUCGCCUGCCGGCUCCUGGGGCGACCGAGAUGAUUUAGACGAGAGCGGGGACGACUCAGUCGACAGCGUCAGGAGGAGGACAUUCGGAGGACCCGAGUCGGACGUGGACUCACGGUUGUUCCAAGUGCUGGCACUGCCACAGCUGAAGGCGCAGACCAUCAUGCGGUGCCACGACUCCAUCAAGUUAAUGGAGAACACAAUGCUACAGCUCGAGCAGCUACAGAUGAUCGCCGAGUCCACCGCAACGAAUCUGCUUGAAGUGGCGUGCUCGCGUGUGAAUCUUAAUACUCAAGCUCUGAUGAAGGCCAUGGCUAUGCAGACGCGCAUGUGCAUCACGUUGAACGCCAUGCAAUACUUUGUCGGUGGAAUGUUUGUGUUUGACGUGAUUGACCGACUGACUGGAGGCACGUGGAAUGGGCAUGUCCCCAAGUGGGCGAUGGACUCCAUCAUAGAUCCGAUACUGCACCACCCGCUGCUCUGGUGGGCGAUCAACCUGCUCAUACUUGCGGCUUUCGUGACGGGACUCGCACUACUAUCAGCGUGGACUGUGCGGUGCUCGCUCGGGUGGUGUGAGGCGUCUUUCGAGGUGAAUCGCAGGAUCGCGCUCGACAAACUCGACACCUUCCUGGCAGCGCGGAACGUACAGAGUAGUUUCGCUCUACGAAAGGUGGCUACAGCACCAGGGAGGAAGGCCAACCGGUUUCGGAUGAUAAAGUGGACGGAGACCGAUUCUACCCUCUGGGGUGGCGUUCUACCCGAAGUUGAGCUCACUUUUGACGACCGACACGGAUUUCUGUUGUUUGUACUGCUGCGCUUCGACGGCAAGCGCUACCCGCACAUGCUAGAGGACGAGUGCUACCAAAAGUUCCUGGAGAUCUUCACACGCGCGGAGAUUUUUCGAGAAGACCCGCUCCGGUGGAGAGAGGAGUAG